AUGGACAAAUACAACGGCGACCAUUUUAGUAAACCAAUUACGGGCGGCAACAACGGUGGAAGAAACAACCACACGCGUACCUUUUACGCGGCCAAAGAGGAUAUGACGAGUACCUUGGAGAUGUACGAAGCAAUGGUAGACCAUGUGGAAGACGGCGUUGCAUGGCGAGCUUUGGGGGAGCUGGAGACGAUGAAUGAUAAGCUGCAAAAGGCUAGAAGGGCAAAUGAGUACUUGCAAAGGAAGGUAGCAGAGAAAUUCGGGUUCCCACACAUAAACAGAGGCCGGAUGUUCGCAAGUGACAAGUAA